CCCCUCACAUCCCCGGUAUAAAAGCUGACGGUGCCGUUUGCAGAGGCACCAGUUCCGAUCCUCUCAGCGAACACAGCAGACAUGGCAUUCAAGUACGUCAUCCUCGCCGCCCUGGUGGCCGUGGCCCAGGCCGGUCUCCUCCCUGCCGCUCCCCUGGCCUACUCAUCCCCCGUCCUGGCCAAGACCGUCGUCGACACCGACUUCGACCCCAACCCUAGCUACAGCUACGCCUACGAUGUCCAGGACGCCAUCACCGGCGACUCCAAGAACCAGCAGGAAUCCCGCCAGGGUGAUGUCGUCCAGGGCCAGUACUCCCUGAACGAGGCUGACGGCACCCGCCGCAUCGUCGACUACACCGCCGACCCCGUCAACGGCUUCAACGCCGUCGUCCGCAAGGAGCCCCUCGUCCACGCCGCCCCCGUCGUCGCCAAGGCCAUCGCCCCCGCUCCCCUGGCCUACUCUGCGCCCCUGAGCUACGCCGCCCCCAUCGCCAAGACCAUCGCCCCUGCUCCCCUGGCUUACUCUGCCCCCCUGAGCUACGCCGCUCCCCUGAGCUACGCCGCCCCCAUCACCAAGACCAUCGCCCCCGCCCCCAUUGCCUACUCCGCCCCCAUCGCCCACGCCGCUCCCCUGGCCUACUCUGCCCCCCUGAGCUACGCCGCCCCCAUCGCCAAGACCAUCGCCCCCGCCCCCCUCGCCUACUCCGCCCCCAUCGCCCACGCCGCCCCCAUCGGCUUCGCUGCCCACACUACCUUCUCCACCCCCUACGCGGCGUACGCGUACUAAAUGAUUAUGAACUGAUUUGUGUAAAUGCCGCAGCAACAUCCAGCAACACCUGUAAAGACUGUAAAGAUUGUAAAGACUGAAGCUUUCACCACGAGGAUUUUGGAAUAAAUUAUUUAAAACAA